AUGGCGGACCAAACCCAAACCCAUGGCGGACCAAACCCACGGCGGACCAAACCCAAACCCAUGGCGGACCAAACCCACGGCGGACCAAACCCAAACCCAUGGCGGACCAAACCCACGGCGGACCAAACCCAAACCCACAGUGGACCAAACCCAAACCCACUAGGACCAAACCCAAACCCACUAGGACCAAACCCACGGCGGACCAAACCCAAACCCAUGGCGGACCAAACCCAAACCCACAGCGGACCAAACCCAAACCCACAGCGGACCAAACUCAAACCAACGGCGGACCAAACCCAAACCCACGGCGGACCAAACCCACGGCGGACCAAACCCACGGCGGACCAAACCCAAACCCAUGGCGGACCAAACCCAAACCCACAGCGGACCAAACCCAAACCCACUAGGACCAAACCCAAACCCACUAGGACCAAACCCACGGCGGACCAAACCCAAACCCAUGGCGGACCAAACCCAAACCCACAGCGGACCAAACCCAAACCCACUAGGACCAAACCCAAACCCACUAGGACCAAACCCACGGCGGACCAAACCCAAACCCACGGCGGACCAAACCCAAACCCACUAGGACCAAACCCACGGCGGACCAAACCCACGGCGGACCAAACCCACGGCGGACCAAACCCACGGCGGACCAAACCCACGCGGACCAAACCCAAACCCACAGCGAACCAAACCCAAACCCACAGCGGACCAAACCCACGGCGGACCAAACCCACAGCGGACCAAACCCACAGCGGACCAAACCCAAACCCACAGUGGACCAAACCCACAGUGGACCAAACCCACAGCGGACCAAACCCACAGCGGACCAAACCCAAACCCACGGCGGACCAAACCCAAACCCACAGUGGACCAAACCCACAGCGGACCAAACCCAAACCCACGGCGGACCAAACCCACAGCGGACCAAACCCAAACCCACGGCGGACCAAACCCAAACCCACUAGGACCAAACCCACAGCGGACCAAACCCAAACCCACGGCGGACCAAACCCAAACCCACAGCGGACCAAACCCACAGUGGACCAAACCCACAGCGGACCAAACCCACAGCGGACCAAACCCACAGCGGACCAAACCCAAACCCACUAG